UACGGUUCAAUUUGGAAUUACAAGUGUUUUACGAGUACUGAAAAAGGUCUCUUCGUUGGAUUUUCUGCGCUAAAUAACAACCUUGCGCCGCGGGAGUUCAUUUUGGCAAGUGUUUUUUGAUCGUUGAGGGUUUUUGAAGUUACUGUCUGUUAUUGACCUUGUGACACGGAUUUAUGGUUCAAUUUACAAAUGAAAGUAUGUUUUAAAUAGUGAAGUUAUUGUGGAAGUUUUGGGAGGUGUUAAGUGAAGUGCAAUUUAGAAGUGACGAAGGAAAAGAUAAGUGACAAGUGACCAACGGCCGACGAAGUGACAGUUUCAGUGCAAAAUGCCGGAUACCCUGUUCUUGUCCACGGGCGUCAGCUUGGGACUGCUAGCUGGGAUCGUUUCUGGAGUAUGCUAUAUUUUCACAAAUGGACUCACGUGGCCCAAGAGCGAGAGACGCAGUAUACCUGCAAGCCGAGAUAUUUGCCCCCGAUGUGGCGGAGACUCCAGAGGCGGCCCCGUGCCUUGCAUUUGUCCCCAUCAUAGGCCUGCGAGGUUCGAGUCGGGCGCGUGGUUUCUCCGGCAAGUGCAGCGCGCCAUCAGCCUAAUGCCGUGGUCCAUCAGCACCGACAAACUGGAGCAGAUCGAGGAAGAAUGCGAAGGCCCCGAAAGCCUCGCGGAAGGUCGGGAACUCCGCAGCGUCAGAGAGUUCCUGGAAACGCUCUCCGCACGCUUGGCAGGGGGCCCGUUGGAGACCGCUAGCGUAACUCCACUCUACGACCAUCCUGCAUAUGUGAGCAUGUUCGAGCGUCAUCAUCACGAACUCCGCUCCACGCUGACUUCACUCGCCACCGCGCUACGAGACGCGCUCUCAAAUCUCCCAGCAACACGCGACGCAGCGCCAUCGGCCAGCAAUGCUCACGCGCAGCUGAAGAGACUGGUCGCAAGAGUCGUUGAAGAGGCUGCGGCGUUGCCAGCUCUCGCGAGAUAUGCUGCUGAACCUCAAGCACCACAUGACACCUAUGAAGAUCUGUUGGCUACUGCUAUUCUUAAUAAGGUGAUCGAGCGCUACCAGACGGAAGGAUCCGGAGGCCGAAGCAGCGGGAUCCACUCAGCUAGUGCCAGCCCAUCACCAUCAGAUCGAUCUUCGCCAAGAUCUCUUAAUACCAGGCAUACAAGAGAUAUUAGCCCUCCGCUGCGCGAAGAAGAUGACGUCUCCGAUUGGGAGGAAGGGGCUACAGAGGAAACAGUAGAGUUGCCGAGACGAGUGCCUUUCCCAGACUUCAGCGAAGAAACACAUCACACGGAAAAUGGCGACCGUGAUUUCGACGAAGUAUCCGGCAGCGAGAUACAAUCUAUCGAUGGAACAUGGGAGGAGAACUGGCUAUUCCAGAAAAAGAAGAUCAAAACAAUACAGUCCGUGCCAGUUCCUAUGCUCGUUCCUAAUUCAAAUGCUGAAUACAAAGCUAUGAUAGGGGACAGAGACGCUGACGAUACCACCGAUCUAUCAGACAACGCGUCUGAUAAUGAACCAGAAGAAUUAGACUACAAAAGUGACAUAAAAAGAGUACUAGAAUCUAAACAUGUCAUAGGAGGAGCACCUAGCAUUGAUGAACUUGACUUUGAACCUGACAGUUUAACUAUCAUAGACGGUUCAGAUGAUUUUGAGAAGCUAGAUGAAAAGGAAUACAUGAAAAACAAACUAGUUGACGUUGUCAACAACGAAGUCAAGGGUUAUCAUGUAAAUGUAGAAAAAAUAAACGGUAAUGUAAAUGGUAAAUUAGAUGAUGAAUCUGUCCUAAUCGUUGGCAUGGAUAGUGGACCAUUGACAAAAGCGGAAUUCGCAUUGAAGGAAGAAAUACAUAGAACAAUACUGAACGGUAACGUCGAUGCAUAUAUUGAAGAUCUGAAGACAAAAGAAAAUGAUGAAGUUUUUACAAAUGGAACCAAGACUCAAAAUAAAAACACAUUAAGCCGUCACGAGCGAGAAAGAGAAGACGAAGAAACAGUGACACUCCCUGUGCAAAGAUAUGCCGAUAGCCUUCGAAGAAAACAUUUCGAUGACGAGCCACAACAGAUCCCAACGCGUGAUACUGAUCAUGAAGAUGACCUCAUACCAGGAUCCAUAGCCUACAGAGAGCGCAAGAAAUGGCUAAACUACGUCGAAAUGCCAAACAACCCGUAUUCACCAGAGGCUAUCCAAAAACGACUCUCAUCCAAAAGCACAUCAUCUCUAUUCGACACGCUGACAUCCAAAUCGAAAAUCGAAGACAGCGUAGAUAUUGUAGAUGGAGAUGUAAAGGAUGGGAAGGAACAUAAUGAAGACAAGGAAGUUCCGGUGAAGGAAUUGAAGCCAUCUUUGAGUGUCAGUUCUGAUGAUGUUCACAUGAAUGGAAGUAGAUCGAAGAGUCCAUCGCCGAAGAUUUUGAAGGAUGUGUUGGCGGAGGAAAUACCACAAUACAAACGCUACGGCCGAGAUUAUUACGUGAGAGAGGCGAAAUCUAGCACGGGCAGCCGCAAGAAGGGCCUCAGUGAGACCAGCUCGUUAUCCUCCAUUAAUAAAUCCACCAGCCUGGACAAUGUGAAUGAGCUGACCUCGCCUGUAAGUGCCAGCUCCUCCCUGAGCGACCUGGAGGCGUGUACGCUCCACCAGAACAUCGUCCGAGCCGUCCUCAGUCCCAGAAACGCCAGCCCCAACUUCGCAAUUAACCCCAUUUUCGAAACCGACAGACAGAACGAUAACGCUGACGAAAAUCAUGCCGACGAACGUAACGGUCGAGACCACGGAUUACUUAUAAAGCAAUUCAAUUCAAUUGCAUCCAAUCAGCGGUACAAAACGCUCGCUGGAAACGAAGUUACUAUAAAACCGAUACCUACAAAAGAUAUAAUGAUAGAAUAUGAAGACGCAAACGAACAGACAUUAUUCUCCGCAAAACCAGUCUAUGUAGAUGAAGAUGAAAAGAAAUUCGAGGAACUACUACAAACAUGCCAAGCACCUUUAAACGUGUCAAUAGUGAACAUAGUCGAAGAACCACAGAAAUCUCCGAGCAAUCUCAGCGUAGAUAAUUCUUAUUUAAGUUCAAGCAGUUUGGAGGACUCGAUCAAAAUAUACAACGUGCAAACAGGCGAGAUCGUGAAAUGUAAACCAGAUGAUAAGUUAUCAGAGCCAAGAUAUGAGAGUGAUGGAAGUGACAACAUUGAAACACAAGAUAAGAAAGACGAAGCCGUCAGUCUCACAGAAAGCGACGUUGUGAUCGUUGACGAUGAAAUAGAUGAGGAGAAAUCGGAGAACAUUAGUGAAAUAGAAGACAUACUAUCGCAGUUGCCUAAAGUGAAAGAGUUAGCCAAGAAGUUUGUGAGCAUGGAAAACUUGAACGAGCCUAUUAAGCCGCCACAACCAGCCCCCCUAAAAAGACAAAAGAGCAAAGAGAACCUACUCUCCGAAAAACAGAACAAACUAGUCUACAUGCACAGCCUAACCGCCAGGAGCAUCUCCAAAGAGUUCAGAGAAGAACUGAAACUCUCCAUGGCGACCCCGUUAAAGGUGCCCGGGGGGUCUAAUGAGAUCCCAGAGGGCACUGAAGACGUGAUUAAGGAAUCUAGUCGACCCCCAAGCCCGAUGCCAGAACCAGGGACCAUUAAGACUAAGCUAGCGUUCUUUGAGAGUUUGAAAUCUAAGUUUAGCAGCAAAUAGGUUGGUUAGAAAAUCAUUGAUUGUGUGAGGUGUGUAGUCUUAUACAAAUACAAUCACACUUCAAAACACAAACACUUUAGGCAAACUGCGAAUAUCGUAGUACAUUUGAAGAUCUGUUCUUUAUCUGGGAAAACCCGAUUAUUAUCAGUCGUUAUUUUCCAUGCUGUUUAUUAAAGCUAUUUCUUAAUACAAUUGGAAUUGGAUUGAUUAUUUCUUAAUAUUCUAAUGGAUUGGGUUCGUUUUCGUAUAACCUUAAUUGGUAAAUAAAGUUAAAACCCCACAAAUUAGAAGUCUAUAAUCUAUAAUAAUUCUUUGGAUUCGGCAUAUCUUAAUCUGCGUUAAGCGCUGCGCGUUUAAAGCCUGUGCACACCGGAUGCAUGUGCGUAAGCACGCACAUUUGCGCGUUGCAAUAUAUCAAUCUUAUAGGAGGCGGCACACUUGACAUAUAUCUAAGGACGAGCCUUACGGGCAAUAAGAAUGGGGCCAGUCCAGCGGUGUUACGCACACGAAUUCGAGCCAAUCAUGCAGUCUAACGCAACGCGAUUGGUUGAUGAGUUCGCAUCACGCGCGCGAUUGUUCGCAACUAGUUGCGUUAGACUGCACGAUUGGCUCGAAUUCGCGAGUGACACCACUGAACUAGCACCAUUCUUAGUGCCCGUAAGGCCCGUGCUUAUCUCUGUAUCUUUAGGUAUUUAAAUAAAAGUAAACAAACAAUUAGUAUAUUUUCGUGUAGUUAUAACAUUUAUUGGUCCAACCAAAUAAAAAACCGUCUGGAUCUGUCAUUGAACGAGCUGACUUAAUCUACAGUAUUUGAUCAUGUAAUGUGUUCAUCUACCCUCAACUGGCUUAAGGAGCCAUUUGAGGGUAGAUUUUGUUUAUUUUUAUUUAAACACCUAAAGGCACAGAGGUAUAUGUCAACGCGGCACACCGCUUCUAUAGGCGUAUGCGUUUACUGCUCCAACAUUUAGGUAUUAUGAAAAAACAGAGUCCAAAAUCAAAAGUUGUUUGUUUUGAUUGAAUUGUCUUCUAAGUAAUCCCAUGUAUUUAUUUAGUUUGUUUAUAUAAACAAUAUUAAAUAACUAGAGUAGAAAGGCAUGAUUUUCUGUACAUUUGCGUACAUAUAAGCAGUUACGCUAUACUUGUUUAUAUUUAAACAAAUCUGUAGUUAUGCUGCUAUUUAUUUAUUUCUGACUAGAAAUUUGGGGUAAAAGUUGAGUGAUUUUGUAAAUGAUUAUAUUUUCUGAGUGGUUUUUAUUUAAUUGAUAACUAUCAUUUUCUUAUCUAUAUUAUUGUUGUUUUAAGAAAGAUAUGUUCAUUUCAGUUAUUUUCUAAAACUACUGAUCAUAUUUUUCAUAAAAUACACGUUGUAUGACAUCAAUAUCACAAUGACGUAUUUUAUCUUAAUCUUGACAUCUACAAUAUGGUGCUGUAAAAAAAAGAUAAGUUUCAUCUGUCUAUUUAAAUUACACUUUAAAAAUAAGGGCGUAAGGUUGCUUUUUAAAUAAUACAUUCGAUAAUACAUAUGUAAAUAUAAAGUCAAGAUCAAUAAAAAUGGGUCAUUUUGUAUAAAAACUGUAUCUUGAGUGUAUUUUAGCUCUGUAAAUAUUAAUGUAGUGCCAUUUUUGUAAAAAUAAUGUUUUCCCGUAGUUUAGUUAAUGCCAAAGUUGAAAUAUAUAACCUAGGUACAGUUUGUGUAUAAAUAUUUAUACACAAUUAUUUGACUUGUGUAUACAAUAUGCGUAUAAAUAAAUUACAUAUAUUUUUUAUGCAAAGAAUAAAUAAAUAAAAUCACCGAAGGUCGGGUACAGUUCGAUGGCUCAGUUGCUUAGAGAGUUCUGACCGGUGAUCGGUAAGGACCACAGAAAUAUAUCUAGGUAUAUUUCUGUGGUAAGGACGCAUGAAUCUUGCUCGACGAGGUGAUUUUUUCUAUUAAAAACAUGCUGAAGAAAGGACACUUGGCACAAGGAAUUUCGUACAUUGACCCCUUUCCCAUGUUUAUCGUACGCGCGAUGUUGUCCCGCCCAUGAUGCCGGCUGUCAAUAGUGUCAAUGUCACUGAGCGAACGCGACAGCAACAUAAUUAUGCACGUUACAAUCCUUUACGCUCCGCAGCGUAUCGUAGCUAUCUCUUUCUAUCACUCUUCCAUAUUAGUGCGACUGUGACAGUUGCGUUUCGUUCGCCACGGUGCGUGAACGAUAUGCACGUUGGCUACGCGGCCAGGUGCGUCAAUGUACAAAAUUCUUCACGGUAAGCGUCCUUUCUUUAUGUAUAUUGUACACGUACAGUGUCUAAUUAUUUUUACACUAACUGUACACUUAUUAGUGGUUAUGUCCAUAGUAACCAUAGUAUACUUAUCUAACUAUAGCAUAAAAUAAAGUGUCUAAUCUAGAAUUAUAAAGGAGCACUUUUACCUUUAGACCGCCUCGAUACCAAAAAAAAUAACUUAGUUUUGAACGGACAUAACAGGACGGGCCAACUGAGCUAUCAAGGUAUCCACAGAAUCAGCGAAAUAAAAAAAAUAAAAACACUCUUUUUAUGGCAAUUUCAUACAUCACUUGUCCACAAAGGAGGAGAAAUAACCUAUUCUGUUGCUAGAAGGUUUUUUUAUAUACUACGUCGGUGACAAACAAGCAUACGGGCCGCCUGGUAAGAAGUUUCCAUAGCCUAUGUACGCCUGCAACUCCAGAAGCGUUACAUGCGCGUUGCCGACCCUAACACUCCGCACCCUCGUUGAGCUCUGGCAACCUUACUCACCGGCAGGAACACAACACCAUGAGUAGGAUCUAGUGUAAUAACACCGUGCCGUUAACCUAAUAAGGUUACAAGGUUAAAUUUAGAGUAACACUUUGAGAGGCGAUCAAGAGGUAAAUUGUGCUUUACAGAGGUAUAAAAGGUGCAAUAAUGCUAUUUUCCAUUUCUUUCUUUAUUUUGGCCAUAUUUAAUAAAAAUAGGCAACUGUAAAGACAUGUUUAAAAUGUGAUAAAAUCAAUAAUAAUUGUAAGACGCCAGGCGUUUGAAUUAAUUUCUAUGUGUAAGGGGGGUAUUGUAUAUUGUAAUAAAAAUAUUAUACAAAUUG